ACAAACUCUUCUUCGUUCUUCAAAGGUGUGGCUUCCUCUGCUUCUUGGAUAAGGGAACAGUAUGGAAGGAUUAUUGAAUUCUUUGCUUAACCAUAGUUGUUUAAAACCCUUUGGUUUCACUCCAAGACUUAGUUAUACUUUCCCAGUGAUCACUAGAACUGGGCACUUAAAUCGAAAACUCGAGUCCUGCACCCUGAGAACUGAAUGUACACAUUUAGGUAGAGACACUGCCGGUAGCUCCAGAGGAGCUAGUAUUGCUGCACUGGAUAGUGAUGAUAAAGGAGAGGAGUCUAAUAUGGAUUGGGAAUUGGAGUUCCUUGGGGAACUGGAUCCAUUUGGUUACCGAGCUCCCAAGAAAAGGGCAAAAGAACAGAGGUCAGAGUUGCUUGAAGAUACCAAUGGAAUGGAUUGGUGUGUGAGGGCAAGAAAGAUGGCGCUUAAAUCAAUUGAAGCAAGGGGCAUGGCUCAUGCUAUGGAAGAUUUGGUAACUGUUAAGAAGAAAAAGAAGAAGGCUAAGAAGAAGUUGGGGAGCAAGAAGAAAGUUUUUAAGAAAAUUGAGGAAAUUGAAGAUGAUCUUGACUAUAGUUCAGAUGAAGACUCGGAGCUGCCACAGGCUACGCAACCCCUGAAUGAUGUUGGUGAUUUGAAAAGGACGGUGAGCUUGAUCGCCGAUGGAAUGUUUGUAGAAAAGAAGGAGAAAACAAUGGAAGAAUUUGUGCAUAGGCUGUCCCAAUUCUCUGGGCCAUCUGACCAUAGAAAAGAAUUCAACUUGAACAAAGCAAUUAUAGAAGCACAAACUGCGCAGGAUGUGUUAGAGGUUACUUCUGAAACAAUUGUUGCAGUUGCUAAAGGCCUAAGCCCCUCACCUCUUUCCCCUUUGAACAUUGCUACUGCUCUUCAUCGCAUUGCUAAGAAUAUGGAGAAAGUUUCUAUGAUGAAAACUCGAAGACUGGCUUUUGCUCGACAAAGAGAGAUGUCUAUGCUUGUGGGCAUUGCAAUGACAGCCUUACCUGAAUGCUCUGCUCAAGGAAUCUCUAACAUAUCUUGGGCAUUGUCCAAAAUUGGGGGCGAACUGCUUUAUUUUUCAGAAUUGGAUAGAAUUGCAGAAGUUGCAUUGACCAAGGUUGGGGAAUUCAACUCUCAAAACGUCGCUAAUAUUGCAGGAGCUUUUGCUUCAAUGCAGCACUCUUCUCCUGAUCUAUUCUCAGAAUUGUCGAAAAGGGCUUCAGACAUAAUUCACACUUUCCAAGAGCAAGAACUCGCACAGCUUUUGUGGGCUUUUGCAUCUCUAUACGAGCCUGUUGAUCCUGUGUUUGAUUCUUUAGACAGAGUCUUCAAAGAUCAUAUCCAAUUGAGAGGUUUCACAGGUGAAAAGACAUUAAAUAAUUAUGAACAAAUCAGUGCUGAUAGAAAAGGUGCCUCAAAUGGAUCUCUUGGCUCUCCUGUACUCAGUUUGAGUAGGGACCAGCUUGCGACUAUAGCUUGGUCCUAUGCUGUCUUUGGACAAAUGGAUAGGAGUUUCUUCUCAUAUGUAUGGAAAACUCUGAGACAUUAUGAGGAGCAAAGGAUUUCGGAGCUGUAUAGGGAGGAUAUCAUGUUUGCUUCUCAGGUUCAUCUUGUAAACCAGUGCUUGAAGCUUGAAUUCCCACAUCUUCAGUUGUCAUUAUGUGGUGAGCUUGAGGAUAAAGUUGCUCUUGCUGGAAAAACUAAAAGGUUUAAUCAGAAAAUAACUUCCUCAUUUCAGAAAGAGGUUGGACGACUUCUUAUUAGCACUGGCCUUAAAUGGGUCAAAGAAUAUGUUGUGGAUGUGUACACUUUGGAUGCCGUAAUAGUUGAUAAGAAGCUUGCUAUGGAGAUUGAUGGUCCAACUCAUUUCUCUAGAAAUACUGGUGUUCCUUUGGGACAUACCAUGCUAAAACGCCGGUACGUUACUGCUGCUGGUUGGAAAGUUGUAUCAUUAUCCUAUCAGGAGUGGGAGGAACUACAAGGAGAAUUCGAACAAGUGCAGUAUCUUGGGGAUAUUCUCAAAAAUCAUAUAGGUGAAGGAUAUGCCAACACUACACUGACCGGAUCAUCCAAUGCUGUUUGUGAGGCAUAAGGAGAUAUAUAAAUAUGUUUUAUCCUCCCCCGAGAAAUUUUAGUAACGGGAUGUAAAUUUAUUAGAAAUAUUAAAUCUCAAAAGCAUAUAAAAUCCAUUUUUCGUGUUUUUUGUUUUUAGUUUUUUUUUUACUUUACAUAUGGAUGAUUUUGGCAACCCUGAUUUUAACUGAUUUAUGGAGGAAAGGAAUG